GUUUGUCCCAAAUGCAUUAUGGGAAACGUGUCUCCUAUCGCUUUGCUAUGUUCUUUUUCUUUUUUUGCCUUCCCUUCAUUUUAUUGCGAGAAGAACGCUUUAGAGACUCCAGAAUAAAUUCCCCAAAAUUUGCCGUAAUCUCUCACUAACUUUUCCAAGGUGAGCUGUAGUAAGCAUGGCCCGUACCAAGCAGACUGCCCGUAAGUCCACUGGAGGCAAAGCCCCCCGUAAGCAGCUGGCCACAAAGGCUGCCCGCAAGAGCGCCCCUUCCACCGGUGGGGUCAAGAAGCCCCAUCGCUACAGGCCUGGUACAGUGGCUCUGCGUGAGAUCCGUCGUUACCAGAAGUCCACUGAGCUGCUGAUCCGCAAGCUGCCCUUCCAGCGCCUGGUGAGAGAAAUCGCCCAGGACUUCAAGACAGACCUGCGUUUCCAGAGCGCAGCCAUCGGAGCUCUGCAGGAGGCCAGCGAGGCCUACCUGGUGGGUCUGUUUGAGGACACCAACUUGUGCGCCAUCCAUGCCAAGCGUGUCACCAUCAUGCCCAAAGACAUCCAGCUGGCACGCCGCAUCCGUGGAGAGCGUGCUUAAAAAGCUUUUGUUUUUUUUUUCCUCUCUGAUUUAUUAUACAGCAUCCCCUCGUCCCUUCACCACUCUUCUCAUCCCUCUCCUUCCUCUAUACUUAGUUUGUAGUUUGGUUUGAGGUUCUAUAUAUCAUGAUUGUGAUAACCGUAAAAUGUGUAGUCAUGUCUCCUUUGGUGCUACUAGUAGCAGCGUUUGCUUAGAAUAUCUUCAUGUAUGUUUGAAACUUUGAAUCAAAUACAAUUACACUCCUCACAUCUAACUAGCUAGCUCACAGGAAUACCUAGUUAUCUACAUAGAUAGGGUGUUUUUGCAAAGCUGAGAAUGGCGUGUUCUCAUAUCAGCAUAGGAAAUAGCAUUAAGGUUGAGACAUCAUGUUCAAGCGGACACAUACAUUGAUAUAAUGUGGUCUUACCCAAUCAAAAAGUUUGGUUUUCUUUUUUAAAAUCAGAAAUUUGAUGUAAUAGUAGCAUUUUUUUUUUUUUUACAAUAAUGGUGUAUUUCUACUGUUACUGUUAAAUGUAUCAAAUCACUUAAGUUUGAUUCUGGUUGACAAUUAGAAACGUCAUUGUGCUAUGAUGACACUGCAUGGAUUGACAGACAACAGGCGGCGUAUAUGUAGCAAACCUAUGUUGAUCAUAUUUUGAUUUCAGCCACGUUAUUAUCCAG